AUGUCGGACUCGGGAAUUGUUUAUCGAGUCUGCAGUAAAGGGGGGUGUAGGGUUAGAAUUCCCAAAGCUUCUCUUGAUCCUCACACACUUUGUGUGAAUUGUAUGGGUAGAAUUUGCACUUUUGAGGAUAGAUGUGAUGAGUGCUUGAUUUUGGAUGAUAAGGAGUGGAAGGAGUUGGACAGGUAUGUCCGUAAGCUCGAGAGAGAUAGGAUUAGAAGAACUAAGAGUUCCCUUUCCCGUUCAUCUACAAGUCAGGAAGUGGUAGAUAACCCCAUAGUUCCUUCCCCUGCUCCUUCUCAAGGUCAUUUAGUAGAGGUAUCAGCUCCCGAUCCUGUCUCCGAGUCGGGGGCUAAGGACUCAACCUUUGCAGGUAUUCAAGCAGUUCUUGAAAAAAUGGGACAACAGAUUGCCUCUCUUACUGAGCAAGGCAAUCGCACCUGGACUGUUGUAAGUGCCCUGAGUGCAGGUACUAAAGUCAGUGUAAGUGAAAAGUUAAGUGUUAGUGCCAGUGUAGUGGAGGAUGCGUCCGAUCGGUCCUGUCGCGCUCCUAGACCCAGACCUCUUACAAGCUCCCGGACCCAUGGGAGACGUAAAGUCGAAAGUCUAAGGGAGGCGAGAGGCUCUAGUAUCCGGUCGGGCGUGCCCUCAAGCAAACCUAUUGACGCUUCCCAGGUUGCUUCAGACAACCGUAGAAAAGGCUUGUCGAGUGUUUUUGGCUCGUCAUCCGAUGACGUCUCCUCGCGUCGAGGAUGGCGACACUCUACGUCUUCUCGUCCUCUCAAGAGGAAGUUACUUCGUGAUAGUGAGGUCUCGUCAGAGGAGCAACUGCUGGGCUGCAGUCACUGGAGUUCUCCGGAGAGGUUUUCAUCAUCAGAAGCCUCGCCAGCUAAACAGAGCAGGGCAGCUCUUUCGAUGAACGCUCCUCUUCCACCAUCGACUUGGGAGGAAUUACCAAGGAAGCUUCCUACCGAGCGUCCUCAGGAAGUCUUAGAUAGAUCUUCUCCUCCGGCUGCGGUUCGUGCGGGCGAAUCUGACGAGUUACCUUCGACCUCGAGGGGCAAUGAAGCCAAGGAUAUGCUGCAAGGCAUGCAACAGCAGCUGUCAGCCCUAAUGGAAAAGCUGCAAGAACCGAAGCGUCAGCAUGACGCCCCAGGAUUUAUGAAGACUUCGCAAAGCGUCAGUGCCAAGAAGAGUGCAGACAAGCAUGACGCUUCCGAUACACUCGGACGUGACGCUUCCGAGCGUGACGCCAGCGCACAUAGGAGCAAAGAGCGUGACGCCAGCACGCGUAGGAACAAAGAGCGUGACGCCAGCGCGUGUGAAAGAGAUGUACGUGACGCCAACGCUCGUAAGCAUGACGCCCCGGUGGAUCAUGGUGUCAAGGAGCGCAUCGAGACCAGAGGAGAAGCAGAUGACGUUCCUGCUUUGGCUUUGCCUACUUCAUCCGAUGUGGAACGGGACAGAGAGAGACCUUCGGAGAUGUUGGAAGUAGUUUCUGAAGAGGAGACGAAAGAGCAAGUUCCUCCUUCCGACUAUAAGACCCUUAUGCUUCUGUUUCAAGAGCUUUUUGAAACAGAUUUCAAGCCCGCAGCGCCUCGUUCUCCCCGUCUCAGUUCCUUUGUGGAAGGAUGCAGAAUAAGACUGCUUUUACGAGGAUGGUCCUUUCCAUUUCAGCCAAGAAAGCUCUCGCGAGGAUGA